CACCCCAGGGCUAGGCGGACCGCACUACUUCUCCGCUUGACGGCGGCGGAGGGAUACCUCACCGCAGACUCACCGGAAGCGCGGCCCCGACGCCCCGGGGAGAUCGGCCGGGCUGCUGGGUGACCUGGCUGCCUGGCCCGCCGAUCUGAGAACCCUCAAGCGGGAUCUUGCCCGCGGGGAAAGGUAGUAGAGCCCGCAAACUGCCGCCGAAGCGCGAGCUGCGAGAGGAAGUGCCUCUCUGAUGACCAAUCAGCGGCGAGAAGCCGUUUUAACGUCCCUCCCUCUCUCAGCCCUCCGUCCCCGCUCUCUGGUUUCGACCCCCUCCUACCCGCUUCGGCGCUCUCCGGUUCGGCCCUUCCAGGACACCGUCGCCCGCCCGCGCUCUCGUCUCCGGCCGCGACCUUUCUUGGCAGUAUGGCCAGCUCAGAGGCUGAAUGGGUAACACUUGCCAAUAAUCUUCUUUUUAAAUGUCACAUACACCUGAGGAUACACGAACUUGAAGACUGUGAUGCUAAUGUCUUUAUUGCACUUUAUCAGUCCAUUUUGGGAGAAAAGGUACCAGACCUCAUAGUUAUUUCCAGGAGUCAAGAAGACGAUGCCCACAAUGUACAAGCAGUGAUUGAUUCACUAGCUUUGGAUUACCUUCAGGUCAGCUUGUCUCACAUAACAGGAGAAAAUAUAGUGAAAGGGGAUAAGGAAUCUAUCAAGAAUCUCCUAGAAAUAUUUGAUGGAUUAUUGGAGUAUCUGACAGAACACAUCAGUGAAACGUCACACGAUAAAAGUGAAACUGAGCAGUAUUUUCAAGACUCUCAUGGAGAGGAACCCGUGGAUGAGCUGGAGAGUAUCAAGGAGUCCAAGUCAUGGAAAAAAGUUUCUUUUGGGAGGUGUUCCUUCUCAUCUGAUGUGUUGGGGCCCACCUGGGAUGGAGAUGAUGCUGAAUCCACAGGUGAAAUAAUUAGGCUUGGAGACACCGCACACACCUUUUCUCUAAGAAGUAAUGGUGCUCAAAGUUCCAUGGACUUGCAGUCUAGAAAAGUUUCAGCAUCAUCAGGCUCUGAACCAUGUGAGAAGGUGUUGAACCCCAUCUCAUCGAGUUUCCUAUCCAAGAACGGGACAACUUUCGAAGCAGAAACUCCUUCUGUGAGUAUGGUUACAAGUGCCAGAAAAUUAGGUGAGCCAAUCCGAGCUGCUAUCCCCUUAUACCCUCCCUACCAUCCUUCUGAGCCUCGAGCACCUUGUCCCAUAGGGAAGGAAUACCUCCGUUCAAGUCUCUACUCGUCUGCCCUGACUUCUGGAGAGCAUUCGGCACUUUCUCUGGAAUCAGAGGAUAAAGUUGUCUUCACUUCCACAUUAUCUAAAGAUGAUGAACAGGAAUCAUGUCUAGCUCUGACUCCAAGCCCCAGGACAAGGAAGCUUCCUAAAGGGAAAAGAAAUGAGAACAGAGCUGUGGUCUCCUCAAAGUAUUCACCCUUCCCUCAGAAGGCCAGGACGCAGCUAACUGAACAAGAGCUGCAUGCGGUGUCAGAGAAACUGUCUCAGCGGCUUUCUGAACUAGACUGGAUGUUAAAAACUGCCCUGGGUGAUCGAGCAGCAGACAAGACUGAUGGUAAAGAUGGUGACACUCGAGAGGAAGAGGUGCACAGUGGAAACGAGGAGACACUGUCGCAGCACAGUGACAGUGUCAUGCAGUAUGGACCGAAGAAGCCCAGGCCAGGAUUUUCCAUGUACAGAAAGGCAGCUUACAGGUCCCAUUCACUGUCCCCAUCUUCAGUAAACAAACAUAAACAAUUAGAGAAAGAGAGAAAGAAGCAGCACAAGUCUAAAGGAACAGAGACCCACCGAUUCCAAGCAAAGGUAUUAACUGAAGCAUUUGAAAGGGAACUAAGAAAAAAUAAAGUUCAAGAGAACAUUGGACUUCGAGGGAUAAGUGACGAUGAAGAGGAGGAGGAAACAGAAAAAACAUACAGAGAAGCCAUUCCUAAAGGAACUCCAAAACAGAGUCAGGUCCAGAAGAUUUACUCCAGAAAAACUGCAGCUCCAAGUCCAAAAGGUGGUUUCCUGAAGUCGAGCAAGGCAGCUCCAAUGAAAGUGAAUGAACACAGCCUUCUGCCCCUGAUGCUGGAACAGUUUCCAUUUCUCUAUGUUUCUGACCCAACGCUGACCAAAAUGUGGAAGCAGCAAAUUGCACAGGUUGAACAACUCAAAAGAGAAGCACAGAGAGAAAACCGAUCCAAGAAGAAACUCCAGGAUGAAAUAGAAGAAACCCUGAGAAGGCAUGACCUCCUUACUGCCCUUGUCAAGAAGGAAUGUGAACAUAACAAGAGACUGCAAGACUUCAGGGACCGAAUUCAUAGACAAAGGUUGACCCAAUCAAAGAUAAAAGAAAAUCGUCAGCAAAUUGUUCGCGCUCGGAAAUACUAUGAUGAUUACAGAGUUCAGUUACACGCAAAAAUGAUGAAGAUGAGAACCCGGGAAGAAAUGAUCUUUAAGAAACUGUUUGAAGAGGGUUUACAAAUUCAGAAGCAAAGACUACGAGACCUAAGAAACUACGCCAAAGAGAAACGCAGCGAAGAAAAGAGACAGCACCAGAAUGAGCUGGAUUCGAUGGAAAACUACUAUAAGGGCCAGUUUUCAUUGCUGGCAGAAGCCAUAUCACAGGAGCGUCAGGAACUCAAAGCCAGAGAGAAAUCUCAGGCUCAGACAUUGCAUAAAGUGAAGAGGGAGCUGAGAGCUAAGAUGGAGAAGGAGAUCCAGCAGCUGCAGUACAUGAUAACCCAGAAUGACGAUGAUGCUUUCUUUCGGGAACUAGAAGCACAGCGCUUCAGAGCUCGGCUGCAACUGGCUUCCUUCCAGUACAGUAAAAAUCCUUCCCAAAGAGGCCAAACAUCAUAGCCUCAUCUACUUCCUGACCAGAAGAGGUGGUCUCCACUCAGGGAUGACUGGCUUCAUACGAACCAGUGAGUUCUAUGUUGACUCUGUGCAGAGGCUGGUGAGAAUCUGGGUGUAGCAGUGCAUGACUUUAAUCCACUAUAAUCCAAAAGCCACUGAACUGAUAAUCUUCUCAAGCCAUCAGCCUAGCACACUGGAAAAUUUUAGAACUUGAUGAGAAGAGCAAGUUACAUUUAGGGAAGAGCUUUUCUCUUGUUCUAAGACAGGCCUUCCUAACUAGUGAAAUUCAGGCUGGCCUCAACCUCUCAACCCUCCAGUAGACUCCUGGGUGCUGGGGUUACCUUUUAAAUAAAAUUAAUUAAUUUUAAAUUGUUUUUUCUAGUUACAGUUAAAGCAUUAGCAUAAAAGGCAACUGUUCUGUGAAAUUGCCUCAUUUAUCCUGUAACUAGUCUCUUGGCCUCUUGUGUGAUCCUGCCAUGGUUAUCUGGGAUAGAAAACUCAAAUGUGCUCACCCUGUCAUAAAUCACAGGGGUGAACUACUGGCUACCACAAAGCAGAACUACUUUUAAAUAAAGGGAUCAAAUCAAACUGGUUUGAUUAAUAUACUAUUAAAUACCAAAAAUCUUUAAUGUACUAGAAUUUUGUUUUAGAUAGUCAAUAAACACAGCAAUGUGAAGAUUAAUGUGAAAAAGUACAGCAUGUUCAUCCACCUGAGAGACUCCAACAAACAUUUCUCCACUUCAGGAAAAAAACAAUACCACCCAAAUUUAAUUUGAUGAAGCAGUCAGUUUAUUGGGGCUAUUUACAGCAGCGCACUACCAAAGCCUUCCAGAUGCAUUCUAAAAUGACAGCAUUAUCACUCAUGUGCAGUUUCCCUGAAAGUCUCUCCACCUUUAUUCCUUUUUUUUCCUU